UCUUCCUUUCUUAUCACUCAUCCCAGAGACUCGAAGACUUCUCAGCCCACACUCCAACCCUCUUCACAUACUUUGACUUGUGCCUUGCCCUACCUUUAGCUCUCCAAUCCAUCUUACUGCCUACCAACAUGGCUACCCAUGUGUCUCGUCACCCUACCAGCUAUGCCACUCCCCACAAAACCCUCCCCAUCACCAUGCCGCCCAAGACUCCCACUUACAGCACUCCUUUCUCAAGGGCUAUGUCCCCUCCUGAAAUGUCUGACACCAGCACCUCUUAUGCUGGGAGUCGCACAUCUGCGGGCUCCUACUCUGCAAGAUCGAGCUACGCUCCUAGCCAUAGCGGCAGUGAUUAUGAUUCCUAUGCCUCGCAUCCCGGCGUCGAUGUCAUGGACGUGCUGAGCGAAAAAAUGAACACUGCCUUUGACCCCAUUCGCAUGGACCGUUCACUUGUGAACCAAGCGCAAACGUCUGGCGAGCUCAACGCCAAACAGCGAGAAUUGCAGGAAUUGCAAGCCCUCGCUAAAAGGCGGCUGAAGAGCGCCAGGGUCAACUUUGCGGAAGGAGUGGAAACCGCACGCGAAGUGCGACGAGAUAUCGAAUACUCCUCAAAGAAGAUGGCAUCCAUGAAAUCCAAGGCUGAAAAGAAACACCCUGAAGCAUAUGCAAAAGCCAGCCGCAGCCGACAUGUUUAAGGCUGCAAGAUUCAACAAUCUUUACGAAGCAACGAGUUUCUUUGUUCUACUGUCUGGACGAAUUUCUUAUCUCUUGAUCUUCUCCCACUUGACUCCUUGCUGGGGGUGGUCUCGCUUGGGCGACCAUGUUUCCAACCAUAUCCCAAGCAGCACAGCAAUUUUUGAGCGACGUUGAACAGCAGCAAAUCGGAAUCCACCAUGAACAUCGAACAUCCAUUCGUUAGGACCGCCAGAUGCAGCCUUGGCGGCAUUCCGCCAGUGUCGUUGACGUGGCAGUUGGUUUAAGUUCCGCUCCACCCCACGAAUCUGGCCAAGUCGAUCGCUGCUUUUGCCCCGCAGCUUGCAGGCAGAUGGCGUGCAUGACGCCAGUCCCAUUUUGCCCCAGAAAAUGACACGGUCAAAUAGCACUGCAGGGAUCGCCCUUCGCAGGUGGCGGAGAGGGCGACCGGCGUGGGUGCCACACGAAGGCCCAUGCAGGUACGCUUGCCAUUUUCACUCGUUUGGUACGACCUUCUCUAUGGUUUGAUUGGGUGCCUUCCCUGCUGGUCCUUUUCUCCUCGGUUUUGGCACGCUCUACCGGUCACCAGACCUUGCAAUCUGCAGGUGAUGAAGCCCCAAAAGCUGCAGAUGGUGUGGAGCUCUUGGUGUGCUGGCUAGGCCAAAUUUGGCUUUGGACUGGGGUUCUGAAGCUCUGAAGAUGAGCAGGAGCAUGGCUGUUUUGAGCCUGAAGCCAUGCUUCCAGGGUCCUAGGAAUGGUGGGAGGAUGUCCUGCUCCGGAUUCCGUGGUGGCUCGAGACGACCGGAUUUCACCUCUUGUAUUCGUAUUGCGCAGGUAAAUUUCCUUGUUACAAUCAAAACUCCAUCUGAACCUUGGCCGGGCCCGGCACUGGACUCUAGCGAUGAGGAGAUUAGCGGGUGUUAUUCCACCCUGGACUGAAACCUCCCAUAGGGGUUGUG